CUAUCUUUAAAACAUAUCCAAACAAGAACCAAAAACAAAAGAUAGAGUAAACACAAUGGUGAACAUUGUGGAGUCGCAAAAACCUUUGUUGUACAGUCUCAUAAAAUUGGCUGGCGUCAUUCCCUACACCGUAGAGACUGAACCAGGGACGAAGAUGAACUUCUGGAUCCCCAAAGAAACCCUAAAAAAACCAAAAAAAUCUGACAAAAACUCUGCCGUGGAACCCAAAAAACCUACCAAACCAGUCGUCUUGCUCAUCCAUGGCUUUGCAGCAGAAGGGAUCGUUACGUGGCAGUUCCAGGUUAGAUCAUUAGCCAAGAAGUACUCAGUCUAUAUACCUGACCUCCUCUUCUUUGGUGGGUCUUACUCCGACAACCCGGACAGGUCACCAGCGUUUCAAGCUCACUGUUUAGUCAAGUCUCUUCGUAUCCUCGGCGUGGAUAAGUUUUUCCUUGUAGGGUUUAGUUAUGGUGGCAUGGUGGCUUUCAAGAUCGCCGAGGAGUACCCUGAGAUGGUCCGGGCCAUGGUGGUCUCAGGUUCGAUACUUGCGAUGACUGAUACGAUCAGUGAGUCUAACUUGAACCAGUUAGGUUUCAAGUCGUCGACAGAUCUUUUGUUACCAACUUCGGUGAAAGGACUCAAGACUCUCUUCAGCCUUGCUGUUCAUAGACCCAUGUGGUUCCCGAACCGGCUCUUUAAGGAUUUCAUUGAGGUGAUGAUUACCAAUAGGAAGGAAAGAGCCGAAUUGUUAGAAGCUUUGGUCAUCAGCAACAAAGAUACGACUAUCCCUCGAUUUCAACAGAAAAUACAUCUUCUAUGGGGUGAAAGCGAUCAAAUUUUUAACAUUGGAUUUGCCAAGAAAAUGAAAGAGCAAUUAGGAGAAAAUGCAACAAUGGAGAGCAUAAAAAAAGCAGGUCACUUGGCACAUUUGGAGAGACCUUGUGUCUAUAACAGGCGACUCAAAAAGUUUCUUGCUUCGGUUUACUCCGAAAGCUAAACAAUUCGAUGUAAAACUGAAUCAAUACAUAAAUGAUUCAUAUCUACUUUGAUUUUAAUUCUUCUGUCAAAAAUAAUGUAACCUCAUAUAUAUCUCAUAAAUAAUAUGUGGUUUAUUGAAA